AUGGCUGUCUUCCGCCACUUCUCCCCAAGGCCCUACCUGGACCAGUGGGAGACGCCAUGUCCGCGGGGCGGACAGCGCGAGUCCCCGGCUCAGUUGGACGGGCCAGAACCAGCGGUAGAUCCCUGGACCGGGCCUCCCAGAGUGGGGAACGAGGCCGGGGCGCCCAGGCAGCGCCCGCACUGUUCUGCAGUCCCGCGUCCUCGCCGGCGUGGGUACCUCGCCUCUCCGUGGGAAAGCCACAGCCUGACCCAUGUGGCCCAAAGGCACUCGGACCGCACCAGGAAGCACCGGCCGGGCAACCGGCACCUGGAAGAUGCCUGGGGGGAAGCAAGGACUAAGCCCAGCCCCGCCUGGCAGCAGCAGUCCCAGAAGCCUCAGCCCUGCCCGCGCUACCCUCUAGGCCAGGAAGAUUCGUCCCCGUCGUAUCUCCGGGGAGUUUACACUCCCCUGAGUCCUGGAACUUUGGGGAUAGAAAAGACACAGAGUGGAGACCAGUGGGCAGUGCCGGUCUGCAGAAACGUAGGUCACUGGUCCCCAUCCUCAAUUCUCACAGAUAAGUCCUCUGUACCCUCCAAAGAGCUCCGAACACAGUCAGCUGGUAUGUGCACCCAGAAAAGGGAUAGCAGUGAUCUGUUCGAGUCGUUGAUCAGUCAAUACUCUCAGCCCUCCGUCUCCAGCAAAGAGACGCAGAACCAGCACACUCAGGUCCUCAAGAGAAAACUGGAAGAGGUGGUGACGUCCUCCAGAGACCAGAAGAUUCUGGCCCUGGUGCUGAUCCGGCUCAAAAAGGCCCAGAGAAUGAGGGAACUGCAGCAGCAAGCGGCAGUAGCCUGGGAGGAGCUGAAGCGCUCGGACCAGAAAGUCCAGCUGACCCUGGAGAGGGAGCGCCGGCUGAUGCUGCAGCAGAACCAGGAGCAGUGGCAGCAACAGAAGGAGCAGCGCAAGCCUCGCCAGGGCCGCGAGCAGCUCGGCCGGCAGCUGGACAGCGAGGUGAAGCCAGCGACCCAGCGGGACAGCGAGUGGAGGGCGCAAAUGGAGAGCCAAGAGAACCAGCGCUUGAAGAAGCUGGAGAGGGCGCGCGCGAAGGUCGAGCACCUUAAGCAAUGCCAGCUGCAGCGCCUGCAGGAGCAGGAAAGAGUGCUGCAGAACCUCAGGGAGCUGAACGGCAUGCAGCUGCAAAAGAGGCUAGAGGAGGCCUGUCACUUGAGGCAGCUGCAUGCCAUGGAGGGCCAGAAAAGGAUCCCGGAGAACCACCUGAGUUCUCUAGUCAAUUACCAGGCCCGUAAAGUCCUCAUGGACUGUCAAGCUAAGGCUGGGGAGCUCCUCAGGAAACUGUCGCUGGAGCAGAGUUCCGAGCAGUCCCAAGAGAUCCACCAGGGUCUGAUGAAGGAGCGGCACCAGGAGCUGCAGGAGAAGGUCCAGAAGGAGGAAAAGCAGUCCCAGCAGGUGAAGUGGUGCGCAGGGGAAUCAGAGGAACAGAGGCAGGUGCGCAAGAGGAUGUUGCUGGAACAGGCUGAGCAGAAGAUCAGGCAAGGCAGGAGUCAGGGGCAUAAGACCACCAGGGACCGGGUACAGCACCUGCGCGAGCUCAACACCCUGCGGGAGAAGAACCAUCACAUCCUGAAGCUGAAAGCAGAAAAGGAGGAAAAGUGUCACAUCCAGGGCAUCAAGGAAGCUAUUAAGAAAAAGGAGCAGAGGAUGGAGCAGAUGUCCCGCGGGAAAGAUCCCACCUUCCAGGAGUUCCAGACACCCUUGGCCUCUAGGAGAAACAAUGGCAGAGGGCUUCCCAACAGCUGCUUUGAUCAGAUGGCAGCAGAGGCCCAGCUGCACCCCCAUCAGCAGAGAGGGGGCUAUUGA